AUGCCCGACCUGAGUGUACGCCUGGCCAGGGCCGUCCUGUGUCCUGGGGCGGUGCGCAGAGUCCGGGGCGCCUGCGCCGUGCCCGUGCUCCGCAGGGCCGUGCCCGCCGGCCUGCGCGUGUGGGCGCGCGGCGCCGCCGCCCUCUGCGCGUCCCUGCUCGUGCUCGCGCAGGGCUGCGCGCUCGGCGCCGCCGCCCCGGGCGCGGCGGCGGCCUGGGCGGAGGCGCCCGUGCUGGCGGCCGCGGAGGACUACCCCCUCAACGCCGAGGAGAAGCAGACGGUCAGCUUGUUCGAGGAGAACACGCCUGGCGUGGUCUUCAUCACCAACGAGGUCUUCAAGGUGGACCGGGCAGCAGAGCUCCAGGCCGUUCCGCAGGGCACAGGCAGCGGCUGGGUGUAUGACAACGAUGGCCACAUUGUUACGAACUUCCACGUCAUUCAAAACGCAAACGCCUUGACCGUCCGCUUCAUCGAGGGCAUCGAGCUCCCUGCCCGGAUAGUUGGAGCCGACCCUGGCACCGACGUGGCGGUCCUGCAGGUGGAUCGCUCGAAGAAGGCGAAGACGACCAAGCCGCUCAAGGUGCUGCGCCUUGGCGAUUCCUCCUCGAUGCGGGUGGGACAGGAGGUAUACGCAAUCGGCAACCCUUUUGGCCUGGACCACACCCUCACGAAGGGCAUCGUGUCCGGGGUGGGCCGCACGAUCAUGUCCGUGGGCGGCAGGCCGAUACAGGGAGCGAUCCAGACCGACGCGUCGAUCAAUCCGGGGAACAGCGGCGGGCCUCUGCUGAACAGCCGCGGCCAGGUCAUAGGCAUGAACACGGUGAUCUUCUCGCCGAGCGGGGCCUCGGCAGGCGUCGGGUUCGCGAUCCCGUCCGACACGGUCCAGGCCCGGGUGCAGAGCAUCCUGAAGUACGGCUACGUCAAGCGGGCCGGCAUCGGCGUGUACCUGGGGCAGGACGGCCUGGCGAAGAGCCUGGUGGGCAAGGACGGCGGCAUCGUCGUGGGCCUGCAGGACGGCAGCGCGGCAGGCGCUGCGGGCAUCCGCCCGGGCGACGUCAUCCUGUCGAUCGACGCCCGGAGAACGAAGCGCAUCAACGACAUCUACGCGGAGCUCGACAACCACCAGCCCGGGGAGACGGUGCAGGUCGGCAUCCUGAGGCCCGCGGGCGAGGUGACGGACGGACCCGAUGAGGCCUGGUCUCAGGUGAAGCCGCUGACCCUCAAGGUGGAGCUGAAGGAGGCGGCCACGGCGUCCAGCAAGCUGAGGUCCGCGAAGGUCUCGAGGAAGGCCUCGAGGAGGAACGACAGCAACUUCCUCUACUGUGGCAAGUGGCUCCGCAGCCACCUGUCGUGGGUCACGAAGGACCCCGAGAGCACCACGGAGGCCGAGCGCCUGGCCGUCCAGCUCCUCGGAGCCAUCGACGAGUGGCUGGGCGACGCGCGCCUGUCGGUGCCGGAGAUCUUCCAGUACGUGGACGUCGACGGCAACCAGCUGAUAGACAGGGACGAGUUCAAGCUCGCCGUGGUAUUCAUGGACUUCGAGGACUCCCCGACGUCGGAGCAGAUCGGCGAGGUCUUCUCGCUGCUGUCGCCGCCGGGCGAGUGCAUGCUGGACGUGUCCACUCUAGAGAUGGCCAUCCGGGCUGUCAGCAAGAGGCGCGAGACGUUGAACAGGGCAGGGAACGUCUUCCUGAAGGAGGCGUGGAAGAUGACGCAGGUGGAGUCGAACGCCUACAUCUUCUUCCGCGAGCUGUCCAGGUACAUGGGCUGGAAGAAGUCGACCCCGCGGGAUCUCUUCGUGGACAUGGACGUCAGGAUGAAGGGCUCGAUGGACGCGGUGUACCUGACGAAGCAGGCGCACGCGAUGAUCCGGCUCAUGGACCCCGGCAGCCCGGCUCUCGGCAUAGUUGAUCCUUUUUCUUCGGUAACCCGUUCACCCUGUUCGACCUCAACGGCGACGGUGUGGUCACUAUGGACGAAUUCUGCGCCGUGA